AUGGCCGAAAGGAACCCUCUUCUCGAGGCCUUGCCACCCGCAACUGAUUACCUCAGCUAUCUCACCAUUAUCGAAUACAACCUCAAUCCGGAGUCCCUACCGACACUGCAUCAAGUGCUUCAAGACACAAAGCUGACUACUAACAUCGGUUGGGAUCUUGUUCAUCUGCUUGUUCCUCUUCUGCCGAACUCGGACGAAUGCUUGCAGGACAUUGCGCGUCUUGGAAACCCACGCGAGGUUAUCCUCAAAGUGACCGAGUCGCUGCGCUUGAUAGACUUCCAGGGCCUUGAGCCGGACACAGAUGACGACGAGCCUAUUGCUGGUGAAGAGACCAAUCCUGCUUAUCACCCCGCUAAGACUGCACCCGUCGAAAGCAAUGAUGGUAAAACCACUCAGGCGGUCGAGACACCUGCUCCUCUGCCCCUCCCUGUGCUUCAAUUCGCCAGCUUGUUGUCCAUGCUGUCAACCUUACACACGCGCAUAAAGACGCAGUAUCCCAGCCGCUUUUUGUCAACAUCACUUCAAGCUAUUCUGGUGUCUUUUAACAAUGCGGUAAAUCACAAGGAGGAGUUGAUCUCGGCCAUCGUCCGGUUUGUCACGAGCGUGUCUGGAAGCAAGCGCCCCCAUCUGCCUCCUCGUAAGAGCAGUACUCAGAUCUUGAGCGCGAAAUCUCAAGCGUCAGCCCCUGACCCAGAGUCCGAUACAGCUGCGAAGGCGCCAUCAGCAAGUGAGGCCGAUAUACAGAAGCGACUCCUUCAAUCCUUCAUCACUCACGUCUUUGAGGAUUACAUGCUCUCCUUGACUUCUGACCGCGAUGCACCCGGCCUAGCUUGGUGUAGUCGUUUACAAGAGAAGCUGCACCCUGAACGUACUGUUCCUGGCAGGCCUUCGAUGACUGAUAAGUUCAUCUUGGAUGAGGAGCUUGCAGCCCGCUUGACUGCUGUUGGCGGUAUAGUCGCAUUGGCUCGCGAUCUUGGUAUGGAAAGAAAAGACCUUCUCCCCGCCAUGGAGAAUCCCGAUCCAGGUCCAUCUCUUGUACCUGAUAACGAAGAAGAGUUUCCCAAGACUGCAAAUGACAUUCCUUUGUCAAAGGUGGGCUCGUUGUUCAUGUUCGCUGCUGCAAACGUAGCAACUGUCCUCUACUCUACACCAAAGCCCAAGGACAUGUUCAGCAUCUUCCCCGAACAUCAAAAAGUUCUGCAGAAUUAUAUCGCAGGCUCAUCCGACAUGGGAGAGACCAUUGGUACAGAGCCUGAAGCCGUGCUUGACGCUAUUUUGGCGCUGGCCAUCCUUGCUAUCGAAGAAGACCAUGUCGGCGAGCCUGCAGACAGCGAACAGUUCAGCCAGUAUCUGCAAUAUCUCUCUCUGAUCUCAUCGAAUUCUCCUUCGCCUAGCAUCCGUUACCAUGCAUUCUAUUUGGCAUCCACCAUCUUGCGAUCGAAUCCCUCCGACGCUGAGAGACUUGCCUUCAUCAGGGACACACUCGAGCAUUGUCCUUUCGACAAUCUGAAGGUCGCAGCUAUCAGCUGGGUCAAAGGCGAGACCAUCGAAGCCAAUCCUCCUACUCCAAAUUCUUCGCACGAGUCUCAGCAUCAGGGAUCAGUUCACGAUAACAAGUAUGAGACUUCGGUGUUCUCAACACCAGUGGCUCUGGACAGUUUGGCGCCCUACUUGUUCCCUGACUUGACUCACGACCUCACGACCAAGAGCAUUACUGAAUCAUGGCUCGUUUUCCAACAGAGUUUGCACUUCUAUCUGGCUUCGCUUAACUUCUACUAUCUUCUCCUGUCGGCACAGCAUCUACACGAGCCAUUGUCUAUCGGCGACCUGCACUCGAACAACGAUGUAGCAGGAUCGUUCUUGCAACCUCUUAGAGUCGCGUCGGCUCGUUUCAAGGAAGGCAAGGCUAAUGGCGAGUUGGCUAGCGUCUGGGAGGAUACAGGUGACAAUGAUGUUCACAUGGCUGAACUUGGCCUACUCGAUGUGACUUUGGAGAAAGUCACAGCUGGUGUUGCUCGUCUGAAUUAG